CGGACCACAGCACAGCCAACUGGCUGAGAGAUAAGACGCGCGGCCCUUUCCUUUUGAGUCUCUGCGGCAGAUUUCUGCCUGGUGACUGACGCUGUGGAAAUGAAGUUUAUGAUGUCAUCGCGUAGGCCAGCCAAUAGAGAAAGCUCCCGCGGAGAGAAGGUCCACCUCCUUCAGUUUGGCUUCUUAACGCGCGCGAGCUAGCGUGAGCGCGCAGGGAGGGUGGGGGAAAUCUCGAGCACGGUGGCGCGCAUGAGCAGCGAAGCUCCUCCCACCCAUCUAUAUAUAAAGGGCUGGCGCGGGGCUCGGCGGCGCCAUUUCGCGCUGGAGUGGAGCAAGCUCUAGAACGAACCGGAGGAUUCAGCCUACUGAUACAGAGCCUUCGUGUCGCCUGGGGCCGCCAUUACAAUCCACGUCCAUCCGCUUGGAAAUGGCCUUCGUCUCGGCCUAUGACCCGUCCCGGCGGACAGUACAGACCCCAUAGAAGCCCCCGAAGCUCCCCUUUUCCGGGCCCCGCCCAGUCCUCGGAGUCUAUCCACCCCCUCUACUCCGCCCUCAAGAGGAUUUCAAAGAUGGAGGCGGCGGCUCCUUAAACCACUUUCUGUGUUCAUCCGCCUCCAUCCGAGGUCGAAACGGGACGUUGUCCUCAUCGGACGGUCUCGACAAGAAGAGGGGACCCUUGCAGAACAUCAGCGGGCUGUAUUGACGACGGUGUUUGGGAUCAGGGUCCGUCCUUGGGUGUGAAGAGCCCGUCGCCUCGCACUCACCCGCUUCAGCGGAGGCCGCCGCCAUUUUAUCACUGGCCGCCGCCUGUGGAGAGCGCUCGGAGGCCUUGCAGAGGAGUCUCCUCGGCUCGGCGGGGAGGUGGUCGCCUGGAGGGUCAAGGGCGACGGCCCUCCCCCACUUCCCGGGUUAUGCUGGACCCGGCGGGGAGGGGACCCGAGGCCACACGAACUCAACGCGGCUGAGGGCAUCUCCGGUUCCCCGCGGUCAAGAUGCUGCAGAACGUGACUCCGCACAGCAAGCUCCCCGGAGAGGGGAAUGCAGGGUUACUGGGGCUGGGCCCAGAGGCAGCAGCUCCAGGGAAAAGGAUUCGGAAGCCUUCCUUGUUGUAUGAGGGAUUUGAGAGCCCCACAAUGGCUUCUGUGCCUGCUUUGCAACUGACCCCUGCUAACCCACCGCCACCAGAAGUGUCCAAUCCGAAAAAGCCAGGUCGGGUCACCAACCAGCUACAAUUCCUGCACAAGGUGGUAAUGAAGGCUCUCUGGAAACAUCAGUUUGCUUGGCCUUUUCGGCAGCCUGUGGAUGCAGUCAAACUUGGUCUGCCGGAUUACCACAAGAUUAUAAAACAACCUAUGGAUAUGGGUACCAUAAAGAGGAGACUUGAAAACAACUAUUACUGGGCAGCCUCAGAGUGUAUGCAGGAUUUUAAUACCAUGUUCACUAACUGUUAUAUCUACAAUAAGCCCACUGAUGAUAUUGUCCUGAUGGCACAGACUCUGGAAAAGAUCUUCCUGCAGAAAGUUGGAUCAAUGCCACAAGAGGAGCAGGAGCUCGUGGUUACCAUCCCCAAGAAUAGCCACAAGAAGGGGGCUAAGUUGGCAGCACUCCAGAGUAGUAUCACCAGUGCUCAUCAGGUGCCUGCUGUCUCUUCGGUGUCACACACUUCCCUGUAUACUCCACCACCUGAGAUACCCACCACUGUCCUGAAUAUUCCUCACCCAUCAGUGAUCUCUUCUCCCCUUCUCAAGUCUCUGCACUCCGCUGGGCCUCCACUUCUUGCUGUCUCUGCAGCUCCCCCAGCUCAACCCCUUGCCAAGAAGAAAGGGGUAAAGAGGAAAGCAGAUACUACCACGCCUACACCUACAGCCAUCCUGGCUCCUGGUUCUCCAGCCAGCCCCCCUGGGACUCUUGAAACUAAGGCAGCGCGGCUUCCCCCUAUGAGAAGAGAGAGUGGUCGGCCCAUCAAACCACCCCGAAAAGACUUGCCUGACUCUCAACAGCAACACCAGAGUUCUAAGAAAGGAAAGCUAUCAGAACAGUUAAAACACUGCAAUGGCAUUUUGAAGGAGUUACUCUCUAAGAAGCAUGCUGCUUAUGCCUGGCCUUUCUAUAAACCAGUGGAUGCUUCUGCUCUUGGCUUGCAUGACUACCAUGACAUCAUUAAGCACCCCAUGGACCUCAGCACUGUCAAGCGGAAGAUGGAGAAUCGUGAUUACCGAGAUGCACAGGAGUUUGCUGCUGAUGUGCGGCUUAUGUUCUCCAACUGCUAUAAGUACAACCCCCCGGAUCAUGAUGUUGUAGCCAUGGCACGCAAGCUACAGGAUGUAUUUGAGUUCCGUUAUGCCAAGAUGCCUGAUGAACCAUUGGAACCAGGGCCCUUACCAGUCUCUACUGCCUUGCCCCCUGGCCUAGCCAAAUCAUCUUCUGAGUCUUCUAGUGAAGAAAGUAGCAGUGAGAGCUCCUCUGAAGAAGAGGAGGAGGAAGAUGAAGAUGAUGAGGAGGAAGAAGAGAGUGAAAGUUCUGAUUCAGAGGAAGAACGAGCUCAUCGCUUGGCAGAAUUACAGGAACAGCUUCGAGCAGUACAUGAACAGUUAGCUGCCUUGUCCCAAGGUCCAAUAUCUAAGCCCAAGAAGAAGAGAGAGAAAAAGGAAAAAAAGAAAAAACGGAAGUCAGAAAAGCAUCGAGGCAGAACUGGAGUUGAUGAAGAUGACAAGGGGCCCCGGGCACCCCGCCCACCUCAGUCCAAGAAGUCCAAGAAAGGGAGUGGGAGUGCUGCUGCACUCGGGCCUUCUGGCUUUGGGUCUUCUGGUGGAAGUGCCACCAAACUUGCCAAGAAAACCACAAAAACUGCUCCACCUGCCCUACCCAUGGGUUAUGAUUCAGAGGAGGAGGAAGAAAGUAGACCUAUGAGUUACGAUGAGAAACGGCAAUUGAGCUUGGACAUCAACAAAUUACCUGGGGAGAAGCUGGGCCGCGUAGUGCACAUAAUCCAAGCCAGGGAACCGUCUUUACGUGACUCAAACCCAGAAGAGAUUGAAAUUGACUUUGAAACGCUCAAGCCAUCUACGCUUAGAGAGCUUGAGCGCUAUGUCCUUUCCUGUCUAAGAAAGAAACCCCGCAAACCCUAUACUAUUAAGAAGCCGGUGGGAAAGACGAAGGAAGAAUUGGCUCUGGAAAAAAAGCGGGAACUAGAAAAGCGGUUACAAGAUGUUAGUGGGCAGCUUAAUUCUACCAAAAAGCCCCCUAAGAAAACAAGUGAGAAAACAGAGACUUCGGCAGCACAGCAGGUAGCAGUGUCCCGGCUCAGUGCUUCCAGCUCCAGCUCAGACUCCAGCUCCUCUUCUUCAUCUUCAUCAUCUUCAGAUACCAGUGAUUCAGACUCAGGCUAAGGGGCCAGGCCAGAUGGGGCAGGAGGCUCCGCAGGACCGGACCCUUAGACUUCCCUGCCUUGCCCCUUCCUCUUGCUGUGAUACUUCCUCAUCUCACCCCCCCACCCCCACUGUAGGAGAGCUGGCUCUGCAGGGGGGGAGGGAUGCAGGGACAUUGACGGAAGGAGGGACAUAAGGACAAAAGAUUCUUCUGAGUUCCCAGCCCCAGUGGGAAUGACCUCUUGGGCAUAGAGCCCCUGUUCAAGUGGAUGGGGCAGGAUUACAGGGUGGAAUGGACAAAGACCCUGAUAAAGAGGGGUAUCUGAGGCCAUAGCUACCCUGUUCACAUAUUAGAGCCCUGGAUUGAGGCUAUUGUUCUAAUUUAUUUUAAGCUAGAUAAGGCUGGUGGAGUGGGGCUGUGGUCCCCUCAACCUCUACAGGGAGGGAAGAAUGGGGAAACUUUUUUUAUGUUGACUUUUUUUUUCUACUGUUUUUCCUUCUACAUUUGGGACCCCUAGGGGUUUCAGUCAUCACCCCAUUUGGUCCUCUGGACUUUUUUUUUUCCUUGUCUGUUGAUUCUAACUUGUAAAUAAAGAAAAUAUUAUUCAA